ACACAAUCAUCCUACACAAUAUUAAGCUUAACCCUCACAAACCCAAUCCCUUCACACCACACGGAUCCUUGACGUGGCAAAUUUUUUUUCAAAUCCCGCCUAAACCCCUCAAUUUCAUUUCGUGCGCAAUUGAAUUUCAAUUUCCCUCGACACUUUAAUAUCUCUGUCCUUAGCCUUUUCAAGCUCCCCUCACAAUUUGCACCUGCCUCUCUCUCUCUCUAUUUGUUGUAUUUUUCCACUCUCUUUCUUUCAAACCCUAACCCACCGAACCUGAUUCGCCAUGAAAGGAGGUAAAUCGAAGUCAGACACCAAGGCCGCCAAUAGGCUUUCCGUGAACAAGAAACCCGCCAAGGCAAGCAAGAAAUCUGGCAAGGCAGCCAAGGACCCAAACAAACCUAAGAGACCGGCCAGUGCUUUCUUCGUUUUCAUGGAAGAGUUUAGAGAGCAGUACAAAAAGGAACACCCUAAAAACAAAUCUGUUGCUGCUGUCGGCAAAGCUGGCGGAGAUAAAUGGAAGUCGUUGUCUGAAGCUGAGAAAGCACCUUAUGUGGCCAAGGCUGAAAAGAGGAAGGUCGAGUAUGAGAAGAAAUUGAAAGCAUAUAACAAAGGACAGGCUGAAGGACCCAAGGAAGAAGAGGAGUCUGAGAAGUCGAUGUCCGAGGUGAAUGAUGAUGAGGAUGAUGAGGAGGAGGGUAGUGGAGAGGAAGAUGAUGAUGAGUAGGAAUGGGCACGGAGAAUAGUAUAGUCAUGUAGGCUGUGACUGUUUGAACAACUCAUGUUAAUGGAGAUAUUUGCUUGUUAUUUUUUUUGUUGCUUUUCUCUUCUAAGAGAAGGAUGCCUCUGCUCCAUCUUAAUUUAUCCUUCUCCUUUCUGGGAAAAAAAAGGUUAAUAGUUGUAGAAGGGAGAUUGUUUCUGCUUACUUAUCACCAAAAUUAAUGAUUUAGCUAAAUGGUUAUCGUUUGUAGA